AUGGGAUACAGCAUUCCAAGAUAUAGCUCAAGAUACAACCAGAGAUUGCCACGGCUCCGGAGCCGGCUCUUGGCUCCGGCUCUGAGCGGCUCCGGCUCUGAGCCAGGAGCCGGAGCCGGAAAUUUUAGGGUCGGCUCCGGCUCCCGAGUCGGAGCUGGCUCCGACAUUGGCAAAGUCGGAGCCAAGUUUCCCAGCGGUCAGAAAAGUAAAAAUUUCGUGCCCUUGUUAAACCAAAUUGCUUGAAAAACACUGCGGAGGAUGUGACUUGACUGCAAAAACGUUGGCUGUAUGAUCUCUGGCACUAAUAACUUUUAUUUUUGGAAAAAUAUUUUUAAAAAAACAUUUUGCAUAGAAGCCGGGAUUCGGAGCCGGACGCCUUUUUAAAUUUUGCACAGAGCCAAGAGCCGGAGCUGCAAAUUUGGCCUCGGCUCCGGCUCUGGGAGCUAAGAGCCGGAGCCGAGGCCACCGGCUUCCGUGA